UUUCCCCCCAAUUCUCGCUCCCCCGGCUGAUGAGUUCCCGCCAAAUUUGCCUCCACCGGUUCUAGAAUUCCCUCCGAUUAUGCCUCCACCGGUUCAAGAUUUCCCGCCAAUUCUCACUCCACCGGCUGAAGAGUUCCCGCCGAUUUUGCCUCCACCGGUUCAAGAGAUCCCGCCGGUUUUCACAUUACCACCGACCGUACAAGAUCCACCGACAAUUCCAGUAUUCUCCACACCACCAGUCCUCGGAGAUUUCCCACCCCAAACUCCCGACUUUACCACGCCGCCAGAGGUCACAAAUCCAUGGCAACCGCCGGUGACGUCAUUCGCACCACCAAUAGAGUCCAUCCCAACAAUACCGGAUAAUCCGUUUCCGGUUACACCAAACCCGGACAUGGGUUCAAAUCAACCGUUUGUUGAGCUUCCUCCGCCUACUUGGGAUUCCCCGCCAUUUAAUCGUUAAUUCUCUUUAUAUAUUUUUAAAUUUUCGUUUUUUUUUUCAGUUAAUCAUGUAAUGUGUAAUCUAAACGCAAUAAGCC